AUGUUAUCAUCAUUUCCUGGCAUCGAUGAAGCUGUUAGUUUUAGUGAAGUAAUGAAAUUGGUUAAAAAUAUGAAUUUCAGCGUUGUUGUAUUUGAUACUGCGCCCACUGGUCACACACUUCGACUAUUGUCAUUUCCAUCAGCUAUCGAAAAAGGUUUGGAUAAAAUUCUUAGAUUAAAGAAUCAAUUUGGACCAAUCAUUACCCAAAUUAGUGGUAUGUUUGGUAUGAACAAUAUGGUAUCAGAUUUAAUGUCAAAUAAAUUAGAAGAAACAUUAGUGGUUAUUAGACAAGUUAUGGAACAAUUUCAAAAUCCAGUAGAAUUUUUAUCUCUCUAUGAAACUGAACGUUUAGUACAAGAAUUAGCCAAGACAAAUAUUGACACACACAAUAUAAUUGUUAAUCAAAUACUAUUUCAAUCAGAUAGUAAAAAUCAUCCUUCCGAAUGUAAAAAAUGUAAAGCAAGAAUGAAAUUACAAAAUAAAUAUAUUGAACAAAUUGAUGAUUUGUAUGAAGAUUUUAAUAUUAUUAAAUUACCAUUAUUAGAUGAUGAAGUACGUGGAUCAGAAAAUAUUAAUGCAUUUUCAAGAUAUCUAUUAGAACCAUAUAAACCAUAA